AUGGUGGCGCAUGCUCCAUCCCGAUGCGGUGAUUCUGGCCGGCGUCCCCGGCGUCGGCCGGGGCCUCGUCGCUGAAUAUUUCCACGGUCAUCGAGUCUUCUUCUAGUUCCGCAUUCCUCGCUCCUGGUAUCCAAACGCCCGCAUGCCCCUCAACUCCAAACUACCAUCUGCUUCUGGCGACGACAGCCAGCCUGCUGCGAUGUCUUCCUCGUCUGGCGCAUCCCGCUCACCGCUGCGUACCCCGAGCACCAGUUCUGAACCUGGCCUGGCUAUUCCGUUCGAGCAACUCUCCUUGCAUGACGAGCAACAUCUUAUGAAGCACCAUCGCAUCGCUUACGACCAUUCACACGCACCACACGACCCGUCCGUCGGCAAUGAACACAAUCAAAACAGACCGUACGUCGACGAGAGCAUGAUCCGCGGGAUUGCGCAGAAUGGGCAGGAGAAGGGGACGGGGAGAACUGCCGAGGAUAACGUUGUUAACAGUCGGGCGAAUGUCGCCCGUGUCGCAAAGACGACGCCGUCAGAUUUGUGUUACCAGCCUGUCAUGCGCGCGUGCAACCGGUGCUCCCGGUUGCCGGCAGGUCGCUUUGAGGGCUCUACUGGUUGUCUGUCACAGUGGAGAGAACGGAGGGAGGAGGCAGAGCAGCGUGGGAGGGAAGACUGACGGCAACUCAUAUGGAAUUGGCUUUUGGCUCUGCGUGUUCUUAUCAGACUCGCGGAGUACGCGAGCGGAGUGUUCUUCACCUUGGCAUGUACCUUGCCGUUGCCGUCAUCACCGGCACAUCCCCCGACACCACGAGGCCAAUCGCUUUUUCGACAGCAGUUUUGUUUUUGCAUUUGUUUGUCGCACACAUGCCCCCACGGCCGCGCAACGGC